AUGAGGAGUCAUUCUCUAGUACUCCUAUGCUGCUAUCUUUAUACCCUCUUUGAAAUGGCAGCCUUGCAUUAUCCAGAUGGAGUGUGUGAAGCUGUCCUCUCCUCAGAAGUAGAGGGUUGGAAUUUUAAGGUCAAUAGCCGAAUCUCUCGUACUAUUCGACUUUCAGCGAGAAAACGCGGAUAUCGCUUUUUUCCAAAAAUCAUGAGAGAAGAAAGCGAGGACUACGGCAGGAAGGAGGUCUCGCUCUCCCUGAGGGACAUUCUGCCGAAGAAUCCGAAAAAUUAUGACAAGCACAGAGCACCCAAGUACCUGGGACAGCCAACUAUCGUUUAUUUUCAUGUUACGGUUCUCAGCAUAGACUCCAUUAACGAGGAAUCCAUGACCUACGUAGCGGACAUAUUUCUCGCUCAAAGUUGGCGCGACUCGCGGCUCAGGCUACCGGAAAACAUGUCGGAGGAGUAUCGCAUCCUCGACGUCGACUGGCUGCACAAUAUUUGGAGGCCCGACUGCUUCUUCAAGAAUGCCAAAAAAGUUACGUUCCACGAGAUGUCGAUACCCAAUCAUUACCUCUGGCUCUAUCACGACAAAACGUUACUCUACAUGUCCAAAUUAACGUUGGUGCUGUCGUGCGCCAUGAAAUUCGAGUCCUAUCCCCACGACACUCAAAUAUGCUCAAUGAUGAUCGAAAGUCUGUCGCACACGACGCAGGACCUGGUAUUUAUCUGGAACUUGACCGAUCCGCUAGUGGUCAAUCCGGAAAUCGAGUUGCCGCAACUCGAUAUCGCCAACAAUUACACGACCGACUGUACCAUCGAAUAUUCGACGGGCAAUUUCACUUGCAUUCAGAUCGUCUUCAAUUUGCGCCGGCGCCUUGGCUAUCAUCUGUUUCACACCUACAUACCGUCGGCGCUUAUCGUCGUCAUGUCUUGGAUUGCCUUCUGGAUCAAACCCGAGGCCAUACCGGCUCGAGUUACCCUCGGUGUCACGUCUCUGCUAACUCUAGCGACCCAAAACACUCAAUCCCAGCAAUCUUUGCCACCUGUAUCUUACGUAAAAGCUAUCGACGUGUGGAUGUCGUCUUGCAGCGUUUUCGUCUUCCUAUCGCUGAUGGAGUUCGCCGUUGUCAACAAUUACAUGGGACCCGUGGCGACCAAAGCCAUGAAGGGCUACUCUGACGAGGAUUUGCACGAGGCAAUAGACGAGAUCAAGACGCCGAUGAGGUCAGAAUCAGCCGACCGAGGUAGGAGUCCUCUUCGUCGGCCCGAGCCCGUAGUGCAAUACGACACCUGCUGUGAGGGUCGCGCAACUGCCAUCUACAUCGACAAAGUUUCACGCUUUCUUUUCCCGUUUGCAUUUUUCAUUCUAAAUGUCGUUUAUUGGAGCACUUUUCUAGGCUAAAUUAUUCAUAUAAAAAAUUUAAUAUAAGGAUAAAAUACUCACCUGAAAAGUUGUUAAAGUUAAUAAUAAAUAUUUCUGCCGGUAAUGAUGAUCGUGGGUCAUUGAAUGACUUGAGGUGGCGAAAUGUAAUGUUUUAGUAAUUAGAAUGAAUGAAUGAUUUGUUACUGCGACGAAUGAAUGGCUUUCUCGAUGAUUUUAGACACUUGAGUAAAAUACUUUCAAAUAAAAUCAUGGGACA